CGCAAAGCAUGCACACUUUUUCUACGUGCACAUGACAGCAGCAAGCAGAGAGAUUUUCUAUUGAGGACUUUUCUUCCUCUUAUAAUCAUAACAAUCAUAAUAAUGCUCACUUGCACGCACGUGAGAGCUUAAGAGUGAGUGCGCUCCGUGCACAUCUUUUCAUAGCCGUCUUAUAAAUAGACAUUCUAUUUUUUCUUUUUAAAUAGCUUCCUUUUCUUCUCUAAAAUUGGCUCCCGUACAAACUGCCGCGUUGGAUCCGUCGGCGUACUGCGAGACUCCGGUGUACAACCCGGAUCUCUGCCCCAACAUGAUAGCCGCGCAGGCCAAGCUGGUGUACCACCUCAACAAAUACUACAACGAGAAAUGCCAGUCGCGCAAGGCGGCCAUCUCCAAGACCAUCCGGGAGGUGUGCAAAGUGGUGUCGGACGUGCUGAAGGAGGUGGAGGUUCAGGAGCCGCGCUUCAUCAGCUCCCUCAGCGAGAUGGAUAACCGCUUCGAGGGGCUGGAGGUCAUCUCGCCCACCGAGUUCGAGGUGGUGCUCUACCUCAACCAGAUGGGAGUGUUCAACUUCGUGGAUGACGGCUCGCUGCCGGGCUGCGCCGUGCUCAAGCUGAGCGACGGCCGCAAAAGGAGCAUGUCGCUCUGGGUGGAGUUCAUCACCGCCUCCGGCUACCUCUCGGCGCGCAAGAUUCGCUCCCGUUUCCAGACGCUGGUGGCCCAGGCGGUGGACAAGUGCAGCUACCGGGACGUGGUCAAGAUGGUGGCGGACACCAGCGAGGUGAAGCUCCGCAUCAGGGACCGCUACGUGGUGCAGAUCACUCCCGCCUUCAAGUGCACCGGCAUCUGGCCGAGGAGCGCCGCGCACUGGCCGCUGCCGCACAUCCCGUGGCCGGGGCCCAACCGGGUUGCAGAAGUCAAAGCGGAGGGCUUCAACCUUUUAUCCAAAGAGUGCUACUCGCUCAACGGCAAGCAGAGCUCGGCCGAGAGCGACGCCUGGGUGCUGCAGUUCGCCGAGGCCGAGAACCGGCUGCUGCUGGGCGGCUGCAGGAAGAAGUGCCUGUCGGUGCUGAAGGCUCUGCGGGACCGCCACCUGGAGCUGCCGGGCCAGCCCCUCAACAACUACCACAUGAAGACUCUGGUCUCCUACGAGUGCGAGAAGCACCCCAGGGAGUCCGACUGGGACGAGAACUGCUUGGGGGACCGCCUGAACGGGAUUCUAUUGCAGCUCAUCUCCUGUUUGCAGUGCAGGAGGUGUCCUCACUACUUCCUCCCCAACUUAGACCUCUUCCAGGGAAAACCGCACUCGGCUCUGGAGAAUGCCGCCAAACAGACGUGGCGAUUGGCGAGAGAGAUACUGACCAACCCCAAAAGCUUGGAGAAACUCUGAGGUAACACCAGAAGGUGACACUCCAUGAAGCGUAUCGCGGGGCAGCGGCGCGCUCGGCUCUCCGUAACGUCUUUAAUGACAUUUUCACUUUAAAAUCUUCCUUCUUGGGACACAUUGGCAAAUUUCACGAGCUCUUAAAAAAGCUACUUUUGGCCCAAUUCUAAUUUUCCAAAAUUGUUUUAAUAUGAAUAACAUUAAAAGUCCCUUCAGAAGACUUGAACAAAACACACACACGCACACACACACACACACACCGAGAUGUACAUUUAAGACUGUAAAUGUGUUGAUAGGUUGUGCUUCCAGUGGUCUGAGAUUGUGACUGUUGUUCUGUGACACGUGUUUAAAGCUUCUUUUCUUGAUCUGCUAUAGAAACACAGCAUUAAUUUAUAUUUGCAUCCGUGCUAGUCUGUCCUUCUAUUCGUUUACAUUUUGAGUGUAAAAAACAUUCCAUCAAUUUACUUGAAUUUUUAUUUAAAGUACUUUUUAUUGGCUGUUUUUUUUAAUAUUAUAUAUAUUUCCUCUGCCAUGAUUUUUAGGCCUACCUGAUUUUUUUAAAAUGACAACAUAUAUAAAUAUAGUAAAUAUAUAUUACGUUCAAAUUGAAAAAGAAAUGCACUUGAAAUACACUGGAUUAUAACAUGUGUGAUCUGUUUCUUUUUUUUAACUUGUCCUUCACUUAAUUUAAAGAGCUAAUA